AUGGGAGACCAGAGCCACCCUUCCGAGAAGAAGCUUCAGCAAAGGACACGAGCUGAGAUUCCAGGAAAGAAAAGCUGGCAUUCUCAGGCCUAUGCCCUUGGGGCUGUCUCCAACUUUAUGUCUACCUUUUUGACCUUCCCUAUUUAUAAGGUUGUGUUCCGACAGCAGAUCCAUGCUGUGGCAGUGUCAGUGGCAAUGCGACAGAUUUGGCAUGAAGGUCCUCAGUACUUCUUCCGGGGAAUUUACCCUCCUCUUCUCUCCAAGACACUGCAAGGGACUCUGCUCUUUGGGACCUAUGAUAAUCUGCUCAUCUAUCUUUCUCCUAUCGGGCCACACACCCUGGCACACCGCUGGGCAGCUGGGCUCUUGUCUGGUGUGGUGGAGGCUGUGGUACUCAACCCCUUUGAAAGGGUGCAGAAUGUGCUCCAGGAUGGUCGCAAGCAAGCCCGCUUCCCUAGCACCAUCAGCAUCCUCAAGGAAUUCAAUUCUUAUGGGUUUUGGGGAAGCUUCUCACUGGGCUACUAUCGUGGUUUCUGGCCUGUCCUUAUCAGGAAUAGCCUGGGGAGUGCUCUGUAUUUCUCCUUUAAGGACCCCAUCCAGGAUAGCCUGGCCAAACAAGGCCUUCCCCAAUGGGUUCCUGCCUUGGUGUCUGGGAGUGUCAAUGGAACAGUCACCUGUCUAAUUCUGUAUCCUCUGAUUGUGCUGGUUGCCAAUAUGCAGUCCCAUAUUGGCUGGCAGAGCAUGCCUAGCCUGUGGGCCUCUAUCCAGGAUGUGUGGGACACUCGGGGCCGGAAGUUGUUCCUGAUCUACCGUGGGGGAUCCCUAGUCAUCCUAAGGUCCAGUGUGACAUGGGGCCUCACGACUGCUAUCCAUGAUUUCCUGCAGAAGUCUUAUUCAAAGAAAGAGCCAAAAGACUGA